ACCAAACCACGCCCAACCCAUCGUCACCGCCAGAGGCGCUGCUCCAAGCAGGUCUCGAUCAGCAUCAAAGGACUACAACGACACGAGGACCCCUUCCAUUGCAUAAUCUCAUUGCUCGUCACCAUUAUAUCGCAUAGCCACGCCGCCAGUCGCAACGACAUCCCUCUUCCACCUUCUUGUAGGGCGGCAACGCUCCCCUUGUCGCCAAGAUGUUCUGGCGAUUUGGCUUCGCUUCGACUUCGACGCUUGACACUCUCCUCGACAAGCAGGGGAUCACAGUCGAAGAGUUGCUCGACGAGGAUGACCUACUGCAGGAAUGCAAAGCUCAGAAUGCCAAGCUCGUCGACUUCCUCAAGCAGCCGCGCGUCAUCAAGAGGCUCUUCGAGCAUGUCGUUGGGUCCGCAGAGGUAUCAGGACCUGGCGGCAGAGAGUGGGAGGAAAAGGUUCGAUUCAAAUACCCGUACGUCGCAUCAGAGGUCCUCUCGAGCGAGACGCUGGCCAUCGUAGAGGCCGCCCUCGCUCAAUCAGAAGAGCUUCUCGACCCAUUCUGGAAUGCCAUUUUGCAUUCGAAGCCUGGUCAUGUACAAGCACCGCUGCCCCAUCACUCGCACCCGCUCCUCGCCGGCUCACCAUCAGCAUCGCCCCAACCACCACCAAGCAUGGCACUCCCUACUGUCCUGGGAGGCGGCUCGACUGCGGGCAAUGAGGAUGAGAAAAAGGCUGAAGGCACAUCAUCUUCAUCUGUACCGACGCUUGGCCAGUCAAUGCCCUCAGCAUCGACCUCAUCGCUUCACUCUUCGUCCGAGGGCCCACACGUAGUAAGAGCGAGCGACAAUGGACCAGGAAAGAGCGUCCUCGCUGGAUACUGGGCGAAGGUCAAUGGCGUCUUCCUCGACAAGAAGCCUCGCGAGAUGCUAGCAUACAUUCACGCUCUACCGCGCAUCGUAGAGCGCUUCGUCGCUCAUCUGGAGACGCCCGCAGUCGUCGACCUCCUCUAUCGCAUCAUUUCGUGCGAGCAAUCGCUACCCAACGCCGGAGUCAUCGAGUGGCUUUCGGAGCAAGGACUUGUACCGCAGAUCGUCGAUCUACUUUCACCUUCGCACUCUGUCGAUCUCCACAACACCGUUUCGGAGCUCAUCAAGGCCAUCAUUGCACUGUCAGCGCCUUCACCGGCAGGUAUGGUGGGGCAGGACGGCUUCGGUUACGGGGCCGGAGGCUCCUCGUUCGGGCAGCCGGAGCAGCCAAUUGGCGUUGUCAAUAAGCUGGUACGAGAGCUGGCCAGCGAGGCGAUAGUGCGCAAGCUCGUCUCCUUCAUGCUGGACUCAACGCACCCUUCCAACCUGCAGAGGCGGCUGUCCCAGGUAGCGUCGGGCGAAGGUGGUCGAGGAAGCGACGAUGAGGGGGAUGAUGAUGACGAGGGUGGGCUGUCCUUUUCCCUCUCCAAGGGCAAGCGUUCAGAUCGACUCCUCGGCCUGUCCACGAACCAAGAGACAGCCGUAGACGACGAUGAGGACGACCUUCCUCUCAAUCCGUCGCUUACGCCGGCCUUCGAAAGCAGCAAGUCUCCCAUGCACCGCGAUUCAACCGUCACUGUACGCCCAACGGACUUCUUCCCCCCAGUAAAGGCACCGAUGUGCCCGGUGUCACCUGAGACGUGCUCAUCGUCCCUCAUCAUCGGCAUCGGUAUCCUCAUAGAGCUGAUCAGAAAGAACAACUCCGACUACUUCGAGCAACAUCUCUUCCAUGCGCUGCGCUCCCACCUACUGCAGCGCCAACAGGAGAUCAGCGCUGGCAAGGCGCAGGCGCGCAGUGAGGGGACUUUGACGGAGGAGCCAAAGGAUGAGGAGGACGAGGAGAUGGAGGGCAUGGAAGAGGCAAUGGCUGAGAUGACUGGCAAGCUGGGCAUUGUGCAUCUCGGGCCGAUGCUUUCGGUGCUCUGCGAGCGACUCAGUGACUUCCAGGCAUUGAUCGAGCGUACGCCGGCGGAGCAGCAGGAAUUGACUACGACGCUGGGCAAAGUGCGGCCAUUGACCUUUGAGCGGUAUCGUAUUACGGAGCUCUAUGCCGAGCUGCUUCACUGCUCGAACAUGGCGCUACUCAACAGGGCGCAAGGGGAGGGACCGCAAUACUCGGUAGACGGCAUCCUGCAGGGUGGGAUCCAGGGUCUCCAAGUCCUGGCACGGACGCUGCAAGGCUCUGAUGCUGACGACAGCACGGCAGGAGAUAGCGCUGAUCCAGUAGCGACAGCUGCUGCGGCUGGCCAAACCUCGUCGACAUCGUCAUCACCACCCAAAUCUCCCUCGUCCGGCAAGCACACUCGUCAAGCCUCAACGAUCGGCGGUGACGAGUCAACCAACACCGAGAGUGACCCAUUUGCCGACGACGGUGGCGAGGCAUCCGGCAGCGCCGCCUCGCCCACCUCCCCAUCGCGCACGCCAGAAGAGGAGGAGGAAGAAGCCAAGAGCAUCCGUUCCGCCCUCUCCAGCAUGUCGCUCGCCGACCUCACCUCCCCUGCUCCCUCCGAGCCGCCAUCUCCCAGCUUGCAAGAUGGGAACAAGAAAGCGCUGGUGGUGGGUGAUCUCCUUAAGCAACGCUUCCUCGACGUAGGAAUCAUUCCCUCGGUGCUGGGGCUGUUCUUCAAUUACCCGUGGAACAACUUCUUGCACAAUGUCGUCUACGAUAUUUUGCAGCAAUGUUUCAAUGGCCGCAUGGACUCCGGCCUGAAUCGCAGCCUCACCCUUGCUGUCUUUUCGCAAGGCUCCCUCCCCUCCAAGAUCCUCGACGGGCACCGCCGCAAUGACGAGUCUAUGGCUGGCCCUCGCAAGAUCCGCCUAGGAUUCAUGGGCCAUAUGAACUUGAUUGCCGAAGAAACUUGCAAGUUGUUGGAGCGAUACCCCAAGGAUGUGGCCGAGAAUGUCGAGGUGCCGCAGCCGGAAUGGGACGACUUUGUCAGAGACGUAUUGAAGGAGAACCGCGAGCGUGAAGCUGCCCCACUCGCCGGUGGACGUCCAAUGGCCAUGUCCCAAUUCGGCAACAGCUUCGGGGACGGGACAUCGGGCCAGACAGGGGACAAUGACGCCUUUGCAUCGUACCUCUCCUCCCAGAUGAAUUCCGGUGGCAACGCGUCGGACGACGACGACGAUGACGAUUCCGACGACGAUGCUGCGCAUCACAGCUGGGUCUCCGGUCAACAUCAUGCGGGUGGUGGCAGCGGGGCUGGCUUUGAGGACGUCUUUGAACCUGGAUCUGCGGAACGAGUGCGAUCCUCUACUGGGGAUGAUGAGGAGUGGGGUAGCGGCAGCGGUGGCGGGGGGGACGGGUUUGGCGACUUCCAAUCCUCUGCGAACCAGCCCCUCACAUCGGCCGACUGGGCGGCCAAUGCCUUUGACGAGAGUGGACAGGGAGAAGGUACCACCCCGCCCGAGAGCCCGACUUCCUCGACGGAGGAUGACACUCCCUUCGUCGACCUGGCCGAUUCCUCAACCUACCGCAGCGCAGUCCAACAUCGUCGCUCUUCAAGCUCAGAAGCUGGCAGCGGGCUUGCGCAGUUUCGCCAACAGAUGUCUGGCGAGGUGGCCGCGACGAGCUUGGUGGCAAGGAGAAGAAGUAGUAGCGCUAGUUCUGGAUCCGCCUCCGGCUCGACGGACCCCACGGCCGCGCAUGCCGCAGAUGCUGAUGAGCCCUUGGGUCCGGGCGUGGCGAGUGACGCGGAAGUCAAAGGCGGGAUGGUGCAACGCACGCUCGAGGACGGAACUGUCGUUAGCGUGCCGCUGGAUGAUGUGGCUGUGGCUGCUUCCAGCGCUGAGGCGAAUGAGGAGAAGAGAGAAGGGGCUGAGGAGGGGAAGGAGGGAGAGAAGGUGGAAGAGUCAGCAAAGACUGAAUAGUGGUAGAGGAGGCAGUGGUAGUCGUAGAGGAAUAGCAAAAAGGCCGAAGGAUCCAAUGUAGACGAGACACAGCCACACACUCUCACAGCCAUGGAAUGGCGCGUCGUGGCAAUUGUAUCUCAUAUCAACGCCAACCUCUUUUGCUUCAUUUGCCAGAGAACUUCACUUCACUCGAUGAAACAGAUGAAAGCGCU